AUGAUUACUGGUUCACAACAGAAUUUAACAGAAAGAAAACAUGCCGAUAAAUUAAAGUCACUCUUGUUUGCUGGUGGUUGUGAAAGAACAAUAAUAGAAAAUAAUAAAUAUCUAUUAGAUUUGUUCGAAUCUCCUUUAGCUACUUACAGUCAAUUAACAUUGACUGAUGAAAUUGAACGACCACCAUUUGAUCAUGAAUUUGUCAUGUCAGUUUAUAAUAAUACUAAUCAGGGUGCACAAUUGAUAUCAAAAAUGAAAGAACAUAUGAAAGACAGACAACGUUUAUUACAAAAAUCGAUUGAACAACAAGCAAAUGAUGCAUUUGCUGCUGUAUUUGCUGUUUAUAUUAAACAUUAUCGUCGAAUUAAUUUAGCUAAACAUGAACUAGCUCAAACGGAUAAUAAAAGACCACACUGUAAACUUUUAUCAAUCUAUGAAUAUGCCAGUCAUGUUCAAACAUUAUUCGCCACAACAAAAGCACAAGGUGGUGACUGUAAUGAACUUUGCAAACAAAUAAAAAUGAAUGCAUUAUUUCUUUUGUCAUCCGUCCAAGCAAGUAAUUCAAUUCCAAUUAUUAAUGAAGAUCUUCUGCAAUCAAUAACAAGUACACAAAUAAUGACACCAAUAGAACAUAAAAUAAAACCGUCAUUCAAGCGACAAGUCUCACGAUGGACAACAGCGAAACGUGUCUUUCAAUUGCUUCGAAAUACAAUGAAUGCUUGUAUACGAUUUAAAAGAUUGAUAAUAGCCAAAAAACAAGCUAUUAGACAAAAGUCCGAUAAUGAAAGUAUCUUAAAUCGAACAAUUGAUGGUUACCUUUAUGGUGAUCUUUACAAAACGGUGACAAGCGAAGAAAAACAAUUGGAAUCAGAUGAACUUAUUCAAUGAUUGACACAAAUGAUGCCAAUUGAUACAGAAAACGAAACUACUUGUUCUUUAAAUAAUAAAAAGAAUUCUUUAGAUAAUCUUGCCAUUGCUUGGUUCAUUAAAAGAGCAACAACAACGGAAGAUGAUACAUCAAAUGUUACAUAUGGUCUAUCAUCAAAAUUUGAUAUUGAACUCUGUUCAAUCGUAAAAAUAUAUACCGAUGAAGAAAGUAAUGAAUUUCAAUUGGCAACUAUCAUAGAAAUUGACACGAAUGCUAGUGAUUCGGACAUACCCGAUACGUCGACCUAUUUGAUUCAAUAUUUAGAAACGAAUGAAAUUAAAACAGUGACAAUUGAUGAACUACAUAUUGAAAUCGAUGUCUCACCACCUAAUCUACACUUGUUACCAAAAGCAAACGAAACAAAUGCAGCCAUACAUUCAUUGUUCGAUGCAUUGGCAUAUUUCAUACAAAUUGAUACGUCGACAAAUGAAUCUGUACCGUUAUUACAACUGAAACGUCGCUCAGUAGCCGUUUUAUUUCAUAUAUUGAAUGAUAAAACUCUCGUCGAAGUAUUCAUGCAAAAACCAUAUGCACCCAUUAUUGUCAAAUUAUCCAUAUCUGAUUCAUUAUCGAAUAAUUGUCGGCAACUAUCUGAUUUACGAUUAUUGAAUAGACAACAUUUGGAACAGUAUUGUUUAAGUUUAGAUAAGUGUCUAAGCUCAAAUGAAAUCGUACACAACGAUAAUGGUAAUAACAGCCAAUUAUUGCAUGAUGUGAUAGUUGUAAAUAGUAAGCAUAAAUUUUCGUCAUACGUUUGGAACAAUGAUGAUAUUAAUAGCAAUCAAUUGAUUGUUAACUCACUAUCGACGAACAUAUUAAAAUAUAAUGGUUGGAAACCAUAUGCAUCCGAAAUUGAAAUUGAAUCGUUUAGAAGAGGUCGAAUUGGAAGUAAUGAACCUUCAAUUGUUCCAAUGCCACUCAACAUUAGUGACUCAAGCGUAUUCGAAGGAUGUGGUAAUAAUCAUAAAUUCAAAGGACGAAUUUCUCCGAAUCCUAAAAACACAAAUGGACCAUUUCCAACAUAUAUUGUUGAUAAUGUACACGUAAGUGAAGGUAAAUGGUAUUAUUGUGUUAAAAUACUAGUUAGUGACAUUAUUCAAAUUGGAUGGGCAACAAAUGGAUUUAUACCUGUUCCAGAUGAUGCUCGUGGAAUAGGCGAUGAUACGUAUUCAUGGUCAUACGAUGGAUCACGAGGUACACUUUAUAAUAAUGAAGAAUUUCAUUUUACUUCUGAUGAUAUUCGGUGGAAAAAAAAUGAUGUUUGUGGUUGUGGUAUUGAAAUUGACGGUGAAAAUAUUUGUAUCAAAUAUUGGCUCAAUGGAAACUAUCUUGGUAAAGCUUUUGAACAUCAAUCAAAUAUCGCAUCGACAACGACAAAAUGUAAUAUGUUACCAAAUGGACGGCAGGGUACCACCUAUUUUCCUGGUGUUUCUUUACAAGUGCGUUCUUAUUCUAGUAGUCGUUGUGAACUAAUUUUUAGUCCAGAAGACAUGACAAAAUGUCCAUUGCCCAAAGGUUACAAACCAUUACUGAUGCCGAAAUUAAUCAAUAUCGAAAAUUCUAUUGUUGCUUAUCCUUACAGCGCUUAUUUGAUUGAUGAUCAAGUUCAAAAUAAUUUUCAUACACAACGAAGUACAACAUCGACGAUUUUUCUGCGUGAUUUUGUAAGCGAACAUCACCUUGAAACAGGUUUCCCUAUGGAUGAUCAUCAGCUAGUCUUACCAGAAAAUAGUAAUGGUUUACCACUUGCGAUCGAUAAUUAUGCUUCGUCAUUGACAAUCAGUUUUGAUUUUAAAAUUUUAACAGAAGUUGAAAACGAAACUGACACAAAAUUAGAUGUUUUGUUAUUUACACUAGAGAAUACAGAAAUAUUCUCAGUGCAAAUCUCAAUAAGCAAAAUCGAAAACGAAAUACGAACUGCAAUCAUAUUCGAUCCGAAAGAACAACAAAUGACAAUCUACUUCAAUAAUGAAUGUCGAAAAUUUCACGUUGCUUUUGAAACUACGAAGAUGGCGAAACUAAAUUUUCAUAUUUUACCUAAUAUUGCCGUCGGAAUAAAGAAUCUCGGCAUUUGGAAAUAUGCUCUUUCGGAGGAACAUAUUCGACGUCUAUUCACCUAUGGCUUAUUCUAUGUAGCAAUCGAUUAUCAACAGUUGAAAGAACAUCGAAAACAAGCAAACACUAUCACGUUCAGUAAGAAUCAACAACAAUUUUCUAGUCAAUUACUUGUUCCGUUUAAUGAACCAUUCGAAGAGAACAUAUGGGAGAAAAAGAAGAAACAAGUUGACAUUGAUGAAUCCAAAUAUUUUAGAACAAUUGCUGGAACUGAUGAGUCCGUCGUACAAUUAUUUGGAAAUAAAACAUAUCUCGUUCUAGACAAAUCAGCUAAUCAAUGGUGCGAAUAUACACUUAUUCUCGACAUUUGCAUACCUAAUUGGCCAACGAAUAACGAACAAUUGACACUAUUGACAUUGAAUACACAAUCAGAAAUUUAUAUUACACAUAAUAGUAAAAUUAUUCUAUCUAGUAAUGGAACACAAAACAAAAGUGAUUCAACAUUGAAAUUGAAUGAAUAUUUUCGUUUGCAUAUAUCGUUUCAAAAGAAAGUUGUCAAAAUCUACGUAAAUGGAAUACUGGAACUAAGUGUCAAUGUCAAUGAGAACCAAUUCAUGGCAAAAGCUAAACGAAUUGAACUGUUUCGAGAAGUGGAUUUAGGAAAGAAUACGACUAAUGAUGAUAGACUUCGAAUUGAAUGUAAAUCGAUCACAUUUUUAAACGGCUUAAUAGCAGAUGUAGAUAAUCGUGAAGAAAUGAAAUCAACAAAAUAUUCAUUAGAAACUUUGGUUGCACCACCCUUUUCUAUCGUUGCGUUAAAUUUAGUUGCCAUUGGAUACAAAGAAUCAUGGAUAAAAUACGCUAUGAAAGAAUACAAUACGAGUAAUAUUCAAUGGAUUGAUACAAUUAUACGUGAGAAAAAAGAUGAAUUCAUGAAGAACGAAGCUCAAAAUCGACAAAAACGUUAUUUCAAUAUUUUGUCGAGAUUAAAUCCAUCCAUUGAUAGAGAAAAAAUGGAAGAUCUGCUUGCGUUCUCGAAAUUUGAUACUGACGAACAAGUGACAGCUGCUUAUGAACUCAUGUCACUGCAUUGUCACGAUCUACAGACUUCGAAAUCGUUGUUGAUGACGUAUGAAACGCAAGAAAAUGUUCCAAAUUCAAAUGAGAAUGAUACUGUAUUGUCAAGCAAAAAAUGGUACUAUCAAACUGUUCGUGAUUUAGAUGUCAAUGAUCGUCUCGACGAAUGGAUUCAAGGAAAAACAAGAAUGAUUCGAGCAGAAGAUCUCACUUGUCAAUUGUUCGAUUUGACAAAAUCUGAACAAGAACUAACAACAAUGACAUCAUUCGUAGAAAGUCAACCAAAAAAGAUUAAAAAAUCAAUUCAAUAUUCACAUCGACAAAUAUCACAACAAAAAUAUAUGAACUUGCGUGUCGCCUGUGAACAUGGAUUGACAAUGAUCUACGCACGUUAUACUUUAUUCAAUAUGUUAAAAGUUUGGUCAGAUCAUAGUUCAAAUAAAUUUCCAUGGGAAAAAUUUGGUGAUUGUGCAUUCAUAACUAGACUAUUACAGUUGAUGGAUUAUCGCUACACGUAUACAAAUACGAACAUAGAUGAAAAUAUUGAUAUCAUGAGUUUAUUAACGAAUUCGAUUCUCAAAGUUGAAAUACAAGAAUUAUUAAAAUAUGCUAUGAGAUCGUCGCAAGAAAUUCCUUCAGUUGAGUUUGACACAGUGAAAGUUAGUAGUGUUGAUGAUAAGGACGAAGCUACUAUGUUUCACCAAGCUUAUGAUCAAUUACAUCAAAAUGCUCAAGUAUUAUUUCGAAGAGAAGAGGAACAACUUUGGCAAGCGCAAUACAUUGGAAUGCAUAGUACAGAUCAAGGUGGACCCUAUAGAGAUUCAAUAACACGCAUUUGUUCGGACAUAUGUAGUAUACGACUGUCUUUGUUUAUUUUAUGUCCAAACGGACGAACACAAACUGGUUUGAAUCGUGAUCGUUGGAUUCCAAAUGUAUUUCCACCGAAUAAAUCGAUUUCAACUAAAGUGAAAAAUCAAUAUCGUUUCAUUGGACAAUUAAUGGGCAUGGCAAUACGUCGAAAACAUUACUUGGAUUUAAAAUUUCCCAGUCUGCUAUGGAAACAAUUGGUGCAAGAAAAAGUAACUAUGGAAGAUAUUGAAGCAAUUGAUAUGCAAAGUUUUAAAAUUAUUAAUGAAAUGGAAAAAACUUUAAAACGAAAUCAGUCGAUAGAUACCGAUAGUGACAUCAAUUAUUUACUUAGUAGUAUUAUGAGUGAACUACGUUUUGAUAUUGUGAGUUCAGCUGGACAAACUUAUGAACUCAUUCCCGGUGGUGCAGAAAUUCCGAUUACUUCUGAUAAUUUAAAACAAUAUUGUGCGUACUAUUGUGCAUAUCGUCUAAAUGAAUUUCAUCGACAAAUUGAAUUUAUUCGUCAAGGCUUGUAUAGUAUUGUACCAAGCUAUUAUUUAAGUUUAUUUACAGCUAGUAACCUUGAAGAAGCCAUAUGUGGAAAAGGGCAAAUUGAUAUUGAAUUAUUGAAGAGGAACACGAAUUAUAAGCAUAUAAGUGCAGAUGCACCACACAUUCAACGAUUUUGGACAGUUCUAAGUGAAUUAUUCGAUGAAGAUCAAAGAAAAUUAUUCUUGAUAUUUGUUUGGGGAAGAAGUAUAUUACCGAGUAAAGAUGAAGAAUUUACAUCGAAAUUCAAUAUUAAUCCAUAUUAUCUAAGCAAUGAUGAAGUGGAUAAAGCGCUUCCACCUGACAAACAUUUAAAUGCUAAUGGUCCUUUUGGGAAACGCCAUUCAGUACAUGAUGAACCAAGUCCACAUGCCUGUAAUCGAGGUACCGGGUUUGGUUUUUCUUCAAAUUUCUCAACGGCUUUGACAGUAGCGACUUUAAAUGUAUCAGCUACAGUCUAUACUAGUAAUGAGCAGAUCAAUGUGACUUGGACAUCAACAUCAGCUUCAUGUACCGAUGAUUUCAUUGGAGUUUAUUUUGCCGAAAUUCCUCUUACUAACGCCUGCGGUUAUUUUGAUUAUGAAUUUGUCAAAUCCAAACAAACUAGUAUGUCAUGGCAAAUGAUCAAUCUACGCCAUCCACUUCAAUUUCGUUAUUAUUCACGUGAUCAUUCUUGCUCAGGCAAUUAUUCAUUAAUUGCUCAAUCGAUCAAUAUUCAACCACUCAAUUACAAUGAACCAACACAUAUUCAUUUAGCUUAUGGUGAUCGAUUAGAUCAAAUAUUUGUUUCCUAUCUAACUAAUUCAUCACAAUAUACUUCUCAAUGUUAA